AUGCGGAUAGUUGAACCUCCAGUGACCACAUCCACUGCAGCAUCAAUUACAACCACAACACCGGGAUGCGCCACUUGUACCGAUACGACGCAAACAGCACCAGCCACUGGCGUAACGGACCAAGGCUACUACAGCUUUGCCACAAAUGCCGCAGGAUGCUCAACCGCUACAAAUAACUGUCCCGCUGAUGGAAAUUUGAGACUUGUCACGGACCAGGGUGUGAUCACAAUCCCUCCCACCGCAGCCGAAUCUCAAGAAUUAACGUGCACGGGAGGCAACUAUCAGACCGUCUACCAGGGAAUGACAUAUACCGUUACGGAGGAUAUUUGUUACACGAUGCCUUGCGCCUCGUGCCCAACCCCUAUCGUAGCCGCCGGUAUUACGGUCACUACCACCUACGACGAGACGUCAUUCUGCAAACGAGCACAAUUCAGCGGAUGCGCUAAUGGAUAUAAGGUCCCGAACAACGCUGGCACGAUUUUCACAAACAUCAAUGACAAUAUCCCGUGUGUCGAUUAUUCGGCAGCGAAUGCCGGUGGAAGAUGGUACACCAACCUGAACGACAACGCCAACCAGCCAGGGAAUAGUGGACGCGGGUGGGAUUCCCACACCGUGAACAUGCUGUGGGGGUGGCUAACAAUAAAAGGAUGCGACUACACGCUGAUCAUCGUCUGUGCAGCAGCCACCCUCGCCCUGAUCUCCGCCGUCAUUUCGGCAUUUCUGCUGAAGAGGCAUUGCGAGAGUCGUGCCCUAAAUAACAUGCCGUGGCGCAUCUUCCGUGAUGAUAUGAGAAUAGUGAACGAGGAUGAGGUCAAAUCGAUGUUAUCCCUCGGGUCCCAGCGCACAAAACUCUCAAAUAUGGGCAGCAGUAUGGUGAAGCAUCACGCGAUUAUUGGAGUCUAUACGCAUGCCACCUACCAUAUGUAUCAGCAGAAUAAACAGAUCAAGUUUGGGAGACAGGACCUGGUGCUGCUGAUGAGGAUGAAACAAGCCGUCCACGACAACCUGAACCCCUUCCUCGGAAUGACGUUCAACGAGAAGAACGAGUUGUUGCUCCUCUGGAAAUUCUGCUCCCGCGGUACCCUCCAGGAUCUCAUCUACAACGAGAACUUCGUGCCGGACGGGAAAUUCCACGGUGCUUUCGUCCGUGAUAUUACGCUGGGUCUCGAGUAUCUCCACACUUCAAACAUUGGGUUCCACGGGUCAUUGACCACCUGGUCGACGCUGAUUGACAGAAAUUGGCUGGUCAUGCUCACGGAUUACGGCAUUAAUGACGCGAUAAGCCGCUGGGAGAAGCACGGCUCCAUCGAGUUGGAGACUCUCAAGGAUGGGGAGGAGAAGAGUGGAGCUUGGCAGAAAAUGGGCGCGCUAUACGUUGCCCCGGAUAUCCGGAUGCAAAACGAUAAAAUAAAAACAAGAAACGACGUAUGGAUCAGG